AUGUAUCAACCCCAGCAGCUUCUGCUAGUGCCACCCAACGCUUGUUUGGGCGCAAUCUGGUUGCUUCUGGGAUUCUUCGUGCAACCUCAUGUGACGUUUUCGUGCCCAUUGUCGACUUCUACCAGUUCAGCGAUAUGUAUUGCAAAUGGCUGGAAUGCUUAUCCUUUUAUUCAAUCUUCAUAUUCUCCAUAUUGCUAUUGUCCUUUCGAUCCAGGUACAGCCCCCUUCUCAUCAGCCAAAUUUGAUGGUUAUCAGUACUACGUGACCUGCCCCUUGUGCUUCUCUGAUUCAAGAUUGUACGAGGAUUACAAUGCACUGCAAGAUUGCCAGUGGCCUCCAUACCUCCAGUACCAUCCAUAUUCGGCCGCCGCCAGCAAGCUGAACGAGAUGUACGACAGCUUGAAUGGGGACCUCUGGCUUCGCAAUGACAACUGGAAGAGCUCUCUCUCUGUCUGCUCAUGGUACGGGAUCACAUGUCGAGAAUCUUCUGAUGGUACGGGAUCACAUGUCGCCAUCGUCGGGAUUCAGCUCAGUGGCAACAACCUUCAAGGCGUCAUCCCACACGAUCUAGGGUUGUCGUUCCCCUUCUUGCAAGUGCUCGACAUGUCGUUCAACAAGAUAACAGGGUUUAUUCCCGUAGAGCUGACCUGUAUGCCCUCACUGGUGAAGUUGAUACUGAACGACAACCGAUUGCAAGGCUCUAUCCCAGACUUCUCCAGCUGCCAAUUUCUCGAAGAGGUGAAGUAG